AUGUUCAUCUUACUGUGCUUCUCAGCUCUGUUUGUGGCAGUGUCAUAUGGUCUUCACUUUAAUCCAGAGGCUAAAUGGCCUACUUAUCCUUGCGGAUAUCCAAGCGAUGUGCCCUGCGGCGCAAACGAUGUCCCUCAGCCAGCGCGAUCUACCCAGGAAUGCCCCCAUGAAUACGGAUUCUUUGAAUCGCCACUAGCUACUCGCAGCGACUGUGGCAAAUACCGCCAAUGCGUGGAGGGUGUUGCCAUUGAAAAGGUUUGCCCAUCGGGCCUGGCUUUCAACCCGGAAAGUGGCCGAUGUGACUGGCCAGCUUUGGUACCCGCAUGCGAUGCUGAAGCAUUCCUUGGAUAUUCCUGUCCACCUGGAUCUGUCGACGAGUAUGGAUAUGACAUCACUGAGAACUUCGGUAUUCCCGGAAAGUGCUACUCCUUCAUCGCUUGCCACCGUGGUGGUGCCCGUUUACUCACCUGCGACCUGGGCUUCAAAUUCGACGUCUCUGUGAAUCGAUGCGUCAACUCA